CUCAAACCGCUCAUCUGCGGUGGCAUCACAGUGGACUACUCAACUACUGUCUCCAGUCAUUCUUGCUGCACAAAUCCUCCUCAAGGAUAUCACGAUUGCUUUGAAAGUACAUCUCAGCCCAUCCGACUUCGUCAGCCCUCAUGACUCUGCGGGGGUGCUUCUUGCACACAGGCUCGGCACCUUUCAUAUCCCCCCGUGAGACUGUGACCACUGGACAACCUGUUAGCGGUGCAGCCGUGUGAACACGUCGCGACGCUCUUGUACUGUUAUGACUACCACAGAAACCGACGCGCGGCCCCUAUUUGACACUAUGCAAGCCGCCAGCGAUGCUCUCCAGAUAUACAGGAAACCAGAACCAGUCCAAGUCCCUAUUUUCUUCAAGGCGGUUGGAAACGCGCCUAUCAUGAAGCAGAAUCUUUACAAGAUCAAUGCGCUCAAUCAAUUCCGCGCAGUUAUUCGCUUCCUCAGGAAGCAGCUCGGCUGGAAGGCUGAAGACCCAUUGUUCACCUAUAUCAACCUCGCUUUCGCUCCGGCUCCUGACGACACCGUUCUGAACUUGUUCAAGUCGUUUGCCACCGAAGGGCGGCUCAUCGUGAACUAUAGCACGACUGCAGCUUGGGGCUGAGGUGCUCACGCCUGGCCUCACUCCAUGUGGAGGGUAUUGGGUAGGGACGAUGGACCGUCGUCUCCAGCCCGAAUCCAUGCACUGUCGAUGAACUAUAAGGCAUGCUAUUGGUGAACCGAAAGAAAACGUCGAUGUCUUCUUCACGCGUUUCCGACGGCUCGCCUGCAUUUCGCUCCGCAGCCUCUCUGAGGACGCUGACAGUACAGACGAUCAGGGUAUAUAGUCUUUGUAGAGUAUACGCAGCGACGUAUGUAUAGCGUUGGCCCGGAGACAUACUUGUCACUCUUCAACGACUAAGAUCAUAUAGAACUUCCCUCCGUAUAUGCACGGUGGCUCUUAUUC